CGUCUCCGCCUGCAGGCUGCUGCUGGAUGGAUGCAUUAGAAUAUCAUUACAGUCCCGUCUACAGCUCCAUGCUUUACACCGGAGAGCAAUAAUGAGGCCAAAUAGUCAGUCGCUCAAACACAGAUCUCCACAUGACACAGAGAGGGAGUUUGGAGGAACCCUGGGUGCCAUAUGCAUCCCUAUCUUUCUCCCGUUGAUGGUGCUGUUCCUGAUCAGUGUGAGUCGAUCCCCUGAGGCCAGUGUGCUCCAGUGGCCCCCUCAGCUCCCCUCCACUGACCAGCUGUGGGAUCCUCUGGCCCUCGUGCUUCUGCUGGGCUGGAUCGCUCUGCAUGCCCUCCUCUAUGUGAUGCCAUUAGGAAAGGUGUCUGAAGGAUUAGUGCUGAGGGAUGGAACGCGUCUCAAGUAUCCCAUAAACGGUUUUCAUGGCCUGUGCAUCAGUGGUGUGUUACUGAUGUUGUUGCUGGGGCUCGGGGCUCCUCUGGGGUAUCUGUUUGAGCUGCUGGUGCCUCUGGCAGUGUGUGCAAUAGCAGUGUCAUUCCUGUUCUCUGUCUACCUCUACAUCCGCUCGUUUUGGGUUCCUUCUCAUGCUCUUGCUUUGGGGGGCAACACAGGAAAUCCCCUCUAUGACUUCUUCAUCGGACGGGAGCUAAACCCCCGGAUUAGGAACUUUGACCUAAAAUAUUUCUGUGAGCUCAGACCAGGUCUGAUUGGCUGGAUGGUCAUAAACCUCGGCAUGCUGAUGAAGGAGGUGGAGCUCCGAGGCUCCCCCUCACUCGCCAUGAUUCUGGUCAACUGUUUCCAGCUGCUGUAUGUGGCAGAUGCUCUGUGGAAUGAGGAAGCUGUUCUGACAACCAUGGACAUUGUGCAUGAUGGUUUCGGCUUCAUGCUGGUCUUCGGGGACCUGGCCUGGGUCCCCUUUACGUACGGCCUGCAGGCUGCCUUCCUGGUUGUGCACCCACAGACCUUAAGUUCACUUGGAGCAGCAGCUAUAAUAGCACUGAACGGUGUUGGAUAUUAUAUUUUCAGAAAAUCAAACUCACAGAAGAACCAGUUCAGACGAGACCCGACACAUCCAAGUGUUGCAAGACUGGAGACUAUUGCCACAGCAACAGGGAAACGGCUGCUGGUGUCUGGCUGGUGGGGUCUCGUUCGUCAUCCCAAUUACCUCGGUGACCUCCUCAUGGCCCUGGCGUGGUCCCUGCCAUGUGGAUUCUCACACCUCCUGCCUUACUUCUAUGUCAUAUAUUUCACCGUCUUGCUGAUUCACCGAGAGGACCGAGAUGAGAGACAGUGUCGGGCCAAAUACGGACUGGCGUGGGACACCUACUGCCGACGUGUCCCCUACAGGAUCUUCCCCUAUAUAUACUGAACAAGAAAGCAGAUGGGUGGAACAGGACCAACACUGUCUCACCAGAUCCUCUUCAUGUCCACACAAACUUGGCAAUAAAGAAAAAAUGUAAAUCCAUUUCCAAUCACACAGAUUACAAAUAUUACCCGGUGCUGCUGCUAUGGGGAUUCUGCAGGGAGCUCACAAUUUUAAUCUGCCUUGAUUCGUUAGGCUGCGGUUCAAUUACAAGAUGAUUUUCAAUGGAUCACUAUUUCUGAUUCAUUGCAUUUUGACUUUAAAACCUCACAGGAGUCUGAAAGAGGAUACACACUUCUCUAAAGCAUUCCAGCACAAAAGGCUAUAAAGCUGCAGUACAUCUGAAAACAGUGUCGGCCUUGUGGUUCUUUCCUCAUAAAAACGACACAAGUUGUUGUAAAAAUUAGAAGCAAAAACAUUUUAUUUCAAUGAGGAGAUAUUAUCCUAGAGAAAUAACAAUUACACUGCAUUUCUGUAUAAACACCAGUGCCUCUUUUUUGAUGAAAAGACUGGGCCACAGAAUUUUUACCAUGCUUGUUUUUUUUACAAUGUCUUCUUUUAUUAAGUGUGUUGUUGUCUGUGAAAUACAUCUGAAAUAAAACAAUAUAAAACAGCA